CUUCAAUGAUAUCCAUCUCCAGUCAAGCUCCCAUGAAUAUACCUAGCAUUACAGGACGACUCAAGGCCUUGUAUCAAGCCACUGUCGCGACCAGUGAACGUGACUUUUGUGUUGCACGAAGACGUGCAUAGGGUACGGCAUACCGUCGGCCCCACAGGCUCUAAAUGUUGACCGCCUUCUGCAACUAGCGACUGGCCUCUUCUUGUUGAUGGGCCUCGACAGACACUGGGAAAUCCCGACGCGAUACUUUCUUCCCUUCAAACCGCGCGGCAAUACCAGUCUUCCUAUUAUCAUUAACACCCAGUCCAUCGCCAUUUGUUCCCUGUCAGUCGCCUGUAAGCCUUUGCUACACGAUCUGUCUCUUGGUGCGCAAUAUUCGACGCAUUCGGCGUUCUUGUACUGUGUGACCCGAGCUUCGCGGAUGCAAAGUAGCUUUGCGCAGGCCCUGCUGCUGCACAGAUACUUAUGGCGCAAGGCCAUCCCCCGUUGCUGAAUGGCACGGGGCAUCAUCGCCCCGCCGAAGCAUCAGGCAAUGAACUGUCAACUAUCCAGCAACUUGAGAAGAUCUUGCAGUUUCGCGACACGGUUGUUUCGGGUCAUCACCCAACUAUCAAGUUGCCCCCUGGCGUCGCGCCGUUAGCACAGUCGUCACCAAGCUCCAAGCUCCAAGACGAGUCGCUGAACCGCGAGCGUAGCGCGAAUAACCAACAGUCUUAUUCAGCAAACGCAGCAGCCGUGGUAGCUCCCCCCACCGCGUCACCAAGCGGACUCGCUUCGAGACGAGUGUAUGGGCUGGGAAGCACCGAAAUCAAUCCUAUCCUCCUCCAGAAGUCGGAUGAGCUGAUCAGAGCCGAGUUCCAAGCACAGAGGGCGCGUCUAGAAAGAGCCAUCAAGGAGGAAGCGGAACAGCAACGUCGCGCGAAGCAAGAGAAGCCAGAACCAUACAAUGACUUGAAUCUGUCAGAGGUGCUAGCGAAGGCUUUGACCUUGGUACAGGCUCAAGCGCCUGAGAACUCUCUGCUUGAUGAUGAAGGCUUGACUGCUAACGAAGAAGUCGCAAGUGAUUCGUUCGAUAACGAGACCUUCUACUCGUCACGACACGACACACCCGAGUCGAAUUUGACCUCACGCGUUCGCAGGGACUCGGAAGACAAACAACAAAGUGUCGCACAUGGACAGAAGCGUUCACAGCAUACAGACACCGCGCCGUCUCAUCCAGUUCCCGAGCCCCAGAGGCCGACCCAGCCCUCGUCGAUACCCAGUCUACCUCAGACACAGCCCUUGCAUACGGGCAAUGGCGAUGUCAGCUCACACGGUAGCGGGGCGCCAUAUCAGGUACCUGGAUUGAACAACUACGCACAGCAAAACACCAAUGCAGGUUCAGCUCCAGGCCAAGCCGGAGUUGGAUGGUCGAAUGCCACUGUAGGGUCACAGGCGGCUGUACAAAAGCCGGCAUCCAACGCGAACGAUGCUCUGAUGGACCCCGAUGACUCGGAUAGCUAUACGCCGUCGCCUCUGCUCAGUUCCCUCGACCCUGCGCCGACUGUCGCCCAGCCAGCUUCUGCUCCAUCGUAUCCUGUAGAAGAGCCAGCCCCGCCAGCAUCUGGGUUGGGCAACAAGACCCACUCAUUCGCAGCGCCAGCCCAAGUUUCUGCUCUUCGUAACGAGCCUAUCGCGAUUAACAGUCCGGAUAGCUCCCCGCAGAGUGGCAGGAGCACCGACAGGAAGAAAGGGAAGAAGAAGAAGAGGAAGGCUGACAGGCAAGCGCCUGAGGAUGUCACUCCACACAUCAAACCCGAGCCCCGUUCCCAAUCCCCCAUCUCUGCCCCCAACGUAAUCCUCCGACCGAACAAGCGCCAAAAGCAGGCACAGCGGAUGGCGGAAGGGUCUGACCGUGACGGCAUAGCGGUCCCAAUCGCCCAUCAACCACAAUAUGCUCACCCAUCUCACUGGGGCGAACCUGUGUCCGCGGUCUAUGGCAGUGCGCACGGUUAUGCUUAUUCACCAGUUGUCACAGAGAGGCGACACAGCGGCGGGUACGGCGGCGUGCCUCAACCCCGAUUUGAGACCCAGCAAUAUCCCCAUUACGCCCAGGAUGUCCCUGCUGGCGUGGCAUGUCCUCCACGGGCAGUAUCACACGUUGCGGUGGAUGAUAGCUAUAGGACACCCGUGCGUUACUACAACGAUCAGACUGAGACAUCUAGGAUGAGCGUGCGGCCUGACACUAUCCAGUACGCCGGGCAGCCUAUGCAUUUGCCCUCUAGAAUCGUUGUAGACGAGCACGGGCGAGAAUAUCUGGAGCCGCCUCGCCUAGCAGCGCGUCAAUCUGUGGCGCCACCGUCAACUCAAGGUGCUGGUGUGGUCUAUGAGCAGGACCCUCGCGCGGUUUCUCGACAUCCACCGCCUUUCGAUGAGAGAACCAUCGCGUACUCUCGUGCGCCCUCCGCAUAUCCUCCCCCACGGCGCGUGGUUACCCAGCCUGAGUACGUAUCGUACAACACGCCGGCUGAAGGACGGCCCAGGGAGUACUCGGUGCGGCCUGCUGGCGGUCCUGCUGAAUAUGUGCAGCUCAUGCCGCCUCCAGGCCGCCACCCUGGCCCUGAGCCACCGCGAGAGUACGUUGCAAGAGCUGCGAGUGCCCGCCCCCCAGAACCUACACACUACGAGCUGCCUCGUGAGUAUGGUCGGAUGCAGAGCGUGAGGCCCGAGGGAGCAACUUCAGGGUUGGAGUAUGGAGCCAUGGGGCAACCUCAGGCCAGGAGGGAAGUGCCCCAACCCUACAUGGUUGAAUACGCUCAGCCCCAGGCCGAGCAGCCAGUGUACCAGCGCAGCUACAGUGUCCGCCCUCCAGAGGGCUACUACGAGCAGCCGCAGCCGCAGCCGCCGGCCGGCACUUAUAUCGAGCGCCCGCAAGGGGCGCCUGCCAGCGUCAUGUAUGCGCAAGAUGAUAGACCAGGACUGUACCGAUAACUUGUUUCAAAUUUGUACCCUGGGGAGAUCUGGAGUGAACCGGAUCUAGCUGCCGGAACAUGGCGUUAUUGGUUUGGAGCAUAGCGUUGCCUGGAGUUAUAUGGCAUGGCACGUUGCGAUAUCGCGCAGAGUACGAUACUGCAUUCCGGAUAUAAUUGUAUACUAAUUAUUGUCGCGACUCUUUUUCCCGUGUGACUCAAAUAUCCUCCAACAAAGCUACACUUGCCAGCUAGUAUUGACAAGAGCCAUAUCGAACAGUGAUGUCGUCUUGCUGUCAGCGCCUGAGAAAGUGCUCGCUGAAUCUACCGCUAAAAGCAACGACCACGAAUCAAUAUGGCUGUGGAUCUGCCCUUGGGAUCAGCGUUGGGGUAUUCGGCAGGGGUCAUGUGAGGGCAAGUUGAGGCAGAGGGACCCCAAGUGCCAUCACAGCUUGAGGUUUGAUCAAAUUGCUACAAAGCGAGCUGCAUGG